CCGAGCCCACUGUACGAUAUAGUCAGAGGAUCGAGUAAACUACCCACUGUCUGGGAGUCGGGUUAGGAUAUUUUUGUUUUGUUUUGUAGCAGCGUAGCACAAAAUGGCUUCUCUUGGUCAUUCGAAACUGCACGAAGAUCUUCAGGCAGCAUUUUUACGUUACAGAGAAGGGCGAUAUGAUGCUGAUUUAGACAAGAGGAUAAAAGAAGAAGGAGAAAGGAUUCUAAAGGAAAAUGCACCGGGAAGAACUUCUCGCAUAAAUCCUCAUUCUAUAUUUUGGAUGGUAGCAGCUAUAGCUGUAUUCUAUUACACCGACUUUUAUAUUGCGGUGAGGUUUGAUCCAAGAAUAUAUAGGAUGUGGCUGUAUAUUGGAGGUGCCCUGAUUGGAGUAAACUUGAGCAUUGGAUGUUACUGUGUCUUAUGGUUGAGUUACUACAAGAAGAUCACAGACUGGGACAAACAUUCUCCUUACCUCAUUCCUAUUGCCACAGCAUCAUUUAUUGCUGGUAUGAUUUGCUCAAUUUAUUCAUUGUGGCCAGUGUGGAAAAUCCUGACGCCUUUCAUCACAGUCACACUAUUCAUGGGAGUGGUCUUUUUAGCAACCUUAAUACCAGUAUGAGUUAAGAAUUAUUAUUCUGCCAUUAGAAUGUGACAACAUUUUUACUAAAACAAAUGAUCAUUGAUAAUAACACCAAACAGAAUGUAGUUUGGUUAUUUAGUAAAAAAAAGUUCUGAUUAUUUUGUAAACUUCUCUGCUUUUGAACAUAGAGCUUAACUUCUUCACCUUCACUUUUAUGCUACAGCAUGUUUCAUUUGAGUUUUAUUUUUUGGCAUUACUUGAGUUUCAUGAAUCAGAUAGUGUCCCAGGGAAUUGUAUUAUAAUUCAAAUGAUCACCAAGAAGGCUAUGAUUCUCAUUAAGUGAAAAGAGAGGAAUGAACUGCUGUUUACGGAUUACCUGUUAAAACUUUUCCUAUUAGAGUUGACAUAGAGCAGGCGGGAUUUAAGAAAUGUAGAUUCAAUCAUUUAUCAGUUAUUAAAGUUCCUAAAUAAUUGAAAACAUAACAUGUUUUUCUUCAUUUCUUAAUCGCGAGAGGUGUAAAUGCAGUUUAGUUUUUCAAGCAUUAUAAACUUGCUCGUUCCAUUUCAUUAUUUGUAUUUAUUUGUAAAUAUCAAGACUGGUUUAUUUAACUGGUUUUCUAACAUAUGGAACAACAUCAUCCAUUCCUUUGCAUUGACUGGGUGACGUUUGGUCAAUAAAUGUUUGCAUGAAUAAAGUAAACGGUUUUUAAGACUUGUAUCACUUUGUGUAUGAAUGAGGAUAAACAACCAGUUGCAUUAAUUAAAGAAUACAGCUUUUUCUGAU